UAAUGAUGCUUGCGUGGCUUAUCUUAUCGGUCUGCGGUGGGGAUUCAAUGAUCCAACGACGUCAUAUCACCAGUUGGCUGCGGUCUAAAUAAAACCCCAGGAAGCCCAUGUUCACUCCCUAAAAGCUCUCUGCUUUACUCAGAUAAAAACAGUCUCAUAAUAUGGCACCAGUACUGCAUCAUUCUGCGUGCACUCUCCCUCCCGGAUGCCUCGAAGGCCAGCCUCUCAACCGCAAACCUAGGCUCCGGCUUCACCAGCACGGGGUAAUUCGAGCCACCGUCCCCACCGCAGACGGGGCAGGCGAGAAAAGACGCCGGUACUUCGUCAAGACGUCCGCAGACGGCCAAGCCGCAGAGGAGAUGUUCCGCGGCGAGUACGAGUCUCUCAAUGCCAUCGCCGACUCAGUGCCUGGGUUCUGCCCUCGAGCACUAGCGUGGGGACCGCUGGAAGCGCAAGACAGCAAGGGCAAGAGCAAGGGCUUCUUUCUCGCGACCGAGUUCCUCGAAUUAGGCGCUGGUGCCAGCGCCGGUGGCCGGCGGACAGGCGAGUCCCUCGCGCAGCGGUUGGGCAAGCGCGGUUCGGGUCCCCGUAGCGACGUUCUGCGGGACACGAAGCAGCCGAAUCGAUGGCGGGAUUCAUGGGCGGAGUUCUACGCGCAGGAGCGGCUGCUGACGGUGUUGGAGACGUCGGAGAAGCGGAAUGGGAAGGAUGCGGGCUUGCGGGAGAUGGUGGAGCGGACGGUGGGCCAGUGGGAAGGGGAGGGGAUCACGCCGGUGGUGGUGCAUGGGAUCUGUGGAGUGGAAUGCGGACCGGGGGCGGAUGUGGGCAGUGGGCGUAAGGAGGACGAGGGAUGUUUGGGGGGGUUUGGGUCGGCGUUCUUCGAGGCGUAUCAUCGCAUCGUGCCCAAGACCCGAGCCGGUCUGUACGAGCUGUAA